AAAUAAAAGUAAAACAUUGGUGAGUCCACUCUCGUUUUCAGUAAUCUCGAUCGUCCAUGGAUAUCUGGAACCGAGCUCGCUCCUUUGCGGAGGAAGCGGCCAAGAAAUCUCAGGAGCUCAGGCAGACAAUCGCCGCUGCCAACCUCUCCGACGUCGUCUCCGAGGCCUCCAAGCGCUCCAAGGAACUCGCCGCCGAGGCUCUCAAGCGCGCUGAUCAGAUCACCGCUCAGAUCCCCCCCGCCGCCGCCGCCAUCACCAAUCUCGUCGACUCCGCCUCCUCCAAGCCAGGCAUUGACGCCGCCGAUCUCGAAAAGUAUGGGGUCACUGAUGAGCUGAGGGAGUUUGUCAAGGAAAUUACCAUCAACACCUUCCAGGAUUUCCCGCUUGAAGAUGACUCACAGGUGUCUGAUGUUCCUACGGUGUCAAAUAUCCAACAGGAUCUCACGGAGUGGCAAGAAAAGCAUGCGAAGCUUGUUCUAUUAACUGUGAAGGAAGUUUCAAAGUUAAGGUAUCAGCUGUGCCCACGAGAGAUGAAAGAAAGGAAAUUCUGGAGAAUCUACUUCAUUCUAGUUAACAGCCAUGUUGCUCCAUAUGAACAACGUUACAAUGAUGAUGUAAAGAUUAAAACUGCUGAAAAGGUGAAAGAUGCUGAAGUGAAGGAAGUUUCAUCAGGUGAAACAUCAUCUAAAACAGCAGAUGAGACUACAAAACCUAAAAGCAAUAAUCUGGAGAAAAAAGCUCCUGAGCAAGAUUUAGAUGCAUUUCUUCUUGGAGAUCUUGAGGAUGGUGAUGACGGUCCAGAUGAUGGAGACAACAAUGACUUUGAUGAUGAUUUUUGACGGGAUACAGUUUGACGAGCCUUCAUGUUGAUAAGGAACAGCUACCGCUGCAAAUUCUGUAAAUUACACAUGCUCUUCUAUAAGAUGAUUCUCUCCAGGUCUGAAAUUGUUGGGAAUAACUAAAUUAACUCAUACCGAAGAUGAUCAUCAGAGUAACUCAGUAUGAUUUAUUGAAUGGUUGUCAUGUUGCUGACCUUGAUUUUAGAGUCAUUCUGUUGAUGAUGAGCGACCCAAUCUCACAGGAAAAUGGGAAAGGACAGCUAAAAGCCAAGUAGAUGACAACGACAAUGAUGAUUGUAGUUUUGAGGUUCAGAAGAAAGCAGUGUUCAUGUUAUGAAAAAAUAGGAAUCAGGAUGCUGCAAUUAGCUACAGAACAGUUCAAUUAGCAAUCGUAAAUUCUAUUUUCCCUUAGUUACAUUUACAUUCUGGGAUUUUUUUCCCUAUUCGAAUUUAGUGAAAGGAUGUGUGGUGGAUUAUGGGAUUAUGUUGGAUAUAGAACUUUCAAUUCUUUGUGUUA